GACCCGUCCAUCGACGACUCGUUCCCGCGCAACGUGACGGUCGAGGUGGGCGGCAGCGCCACGUUCGAGUGUCCGGGCAGCUGGGACCUGCUGAUGGACCUCUUCUGGGUGUUCGGCGAGGAGACGUUCACCAUCGGCGGCAUCGCCGACCUGGACCGGCAAAACCAGCGCUCGCUGACGGCGCAACAGGACGGCGGCCGCUACGAUAUCUCGGACCCGCAGCGGCUGAUCAUCAGCAACGUGACGCUCAACGACACCGGCUUCUACACCUGCGUCGCCUACAACACGCUGGGCUACACCCACUCGCACGCGUACCUGACCCGCUGGACGAGGUGCCCGUGCCGGUGCGCUCGCACUUGCGCAACUACGUGAUCCUGAUCGUGGUGCUGGGCCUGCUGGUGGUGAUGGGCGCGCUGGCGGCCGCCCGCUUCUACGGCCGCCUGCGCCUGGAGCGGCGCGAGAAGAAGCGCGCCGUCGAGAAGGCCAACGCCUUCCAAGCCAUGACGAAGAAGGUGCUGAUCGACCACCAGAACAUGCUGGCCAAUGGGACGAUCGUGGCGCCGACGAUCCGCAUCGAGCGCUGCAAGCCCAGCAAGGAGGGCUCGGUAAUGUCCGGGUACGAGCUGCCCGUGGACCCGCUCUGGGAGAUCCCGCGCUGCCGGCUCCAGCUGGGCAAGCAGCUGGGCGAGGGCGCGUUCGGACGGGUCGUGCGCGGCGCACUCGACAACCCGGCCAAGCCCAACGCCUCCAUCGUCGUCGCCGUCAAGAUGCUGAAAGAGGGUCACACUGAUGCCGAGCUGCUGGACCUCGUCUCGGAGAUGGAGGUGAUGAAGAUGAUCGGCCGCCACAUCAACAUCAUCAACCUGGUCGGCACGUCCACUCAAGACGGGCCGCUGCUGGUCAUCGUCGAGUACGCGCCGCACGGGAACCUGCGCACCUACCUGCGCGAGCGACGCCCCACAUCCGGCUACGAGCGCGCCUUCGACCACGAGACGCCCAGCGUGCGCGAACUGACCAGCUUCAGCUACCAGGUGGCCCGCGGCAUGGAGUACUUGGCCUCCAAAAAGUGCAUCCACCGAGACUUGGCCGCGCGCAACAUUCUAGUCGGCGAGAACAAGACACUGAAGAUCGCUGACUUCGGUCUGGCGAGAGACAUCCAGAACAACGAGUACUACCGCAAGGUCACCGACGGCCGGCUGCCGGUCAAGUGGAUGGCCCCUGAGGCGUUGUUCGAGCGACUCUACACCACCCAGUCUGAUGUGUGGUCGUUCGGCAUCCUGCUGUGGGAGAUCAUGACGAUGGGCGGCAUGCCCUACCCCAGCAUACCGAACGUGGAGAAGCUGUUCAGCCUGCUGCGCGAGGGCUACAGGAUGGAGCAGCCACCCGGCUGCCCGCAGAACCUGUACGGCGUGAUGCGCGAGUGCUGGGAGUACUACCCGACUCUGCGGCCGACGUUCACGGAACUGGUGGAGCAGCUCAACACCAUCCUGGCGUCACUGGCACCCCAGGAGUACCUGGACCUGGGCGUGCCGUCGCCCGCCGACUCGGCCGAGUCCAGCCGGGACGUUUCCGUCGACAGUCAGUUCGAACUGUGUAAAAGCACAGCCAUGUAGGCGGCGCCACCAGUCGCCCGCCGCGCGGCGCCACCGGCGCACCUAGUCAGCGGCGGAGAGCCUCCCGCGCGCGAGCAACCUGCGGCCGCCGCGCGGUCAGCUGUUGUGUAAAUAGCGAUCGCGGACCCUCGGUAUGCCAUGUAUUGCUGCGUGUCAGUGGGUGGAGUGCGUGUGCGAAAGAGCGUCGUGUAAGAUACCAUGCGCGUGACUUGCCGUAUACAUAUAGCUGCCAUGUAGCCCUGGUGCCUUGCCUGCGGGCGUUGUCUAUGCAUUUCGUGCCACUUCGGCCCCGGGGAACACGUUCAAAUGGUGGAACUUCGUUUCCCGGUGCGCUAAUGUUACAACUAACCGUGCCAAUAUGCCCGUGAGAUCUUGUGCCAUAUGUUUUAGCGCCGUGUCGGACGUGCGAAGCAUUGUUUUAGUUUCCUCCGGGCAACAUGUUUUGAUGUCUUGAUCCACUGUUAAUACUUGGUAGGCCAGCGUAGGUGCUGCACUGAGAGAUGAGCGUCUGAGGGUGAGCUACUCAGUAUUAUUUAUUUUACGGUGGAGAGUGUUGCCGGUUGGGCGUGCUUGGACGUGCUGACGCCGGAGUUGGUCAGCAGUGGUGUUUGUAAACCGUGUUGCCUUGUCGGCCCAAUACCUCUAGUUUUAGCCAGGAGACGUCGUGCGGCAGACGAAGUGUCAUGAGCUUACCGUUUUCUUUUUUAAAGAGCAAAGUAACGAUUUUGUGUAUGAGAUUGACAGGACAUCUUUGUGUUGGUCGCACCUACAAAGCGUUGGCUAAAUACUCAGGCGCGAACGCAGGCUCGUUGCUAAUAAACUCGCAGACCGAC